CAAAGAGCCGCAUACAUGCACACACUACUCGAGGGCUUUUUUACAAACGACAGCAACAUCUUGUUAUUAUUAACAAAACAGCGCACUUUCAGCAAAGAUCAUUUUAGUGACAAGUAUAUUCGCGGAAAAACAAGAAGCUGUCCGAGUCCUCGCGUGAUUUCACGUUUCCGGAAGUUAGACUGGCAUGAGAAGAGAGAGCUGUCCGAGGUGCUGACACUAGUUUGAAAAGAUGGAUGAACCUCAAGAGUCACCGUCAUGUAUCACCAACGCCCACAACUCCAGCAGCAGCCCCCCCAGCAGUAAACCUGGCAGUGCUCCACUAUGCAACGGGGUCCCAGAGUGCAGGACCCUACUGCGGGUGCCUGAGUCACACGGACUCCAGCUGCUGGGUGUGCUCAGAUCCUUCAGGGAGCGAAGCCUGCUGUUUGACUUCACCAUUAAGGUCCAGGAACACAGCUUUCCCUGCCACCGCUGCGUCCUUGCAGCAUGCAGUGAUUUCUUCAGGGCCAUGUUUGAGGUGGAUAUGCGAGAGCGUGGGGAUGGUUCAGUGACUCUAGGUAACCAGUCUCCAGAGGCAGUUGGUUCUUUCCUGGACUUCGCCUAUACUGGAGAGACACUCAUCACUGAUGGCAACGUAGACAUGCUGUUUCAGAUUGCAUCUUUUCUGCAGGUGUCAGUCCUGUCCCGAGCGUGCAGUGACUUCCUGAUAGGAACCAUGGACCUCUCUAACUGUCUGUCCCUCUUGUCCCUGGCUGAGGCGUACGGCUCGGCCUCCCUCCUCCAAAGUGCCAAUGACUUUGUGGUUCAGAACUUCUCGGACCUUUCCAAAACCCAGGACUUCCUGGAUAUGCAGCUAAAUAUGUUGGAGGCAUGCCUAAGGUCAGAUGCUCUAAACGUGCCCAGUGAGGAGACCGUGGUGAAGUCACUUCUCAGAUGGACACGCCACGAUCUCGCUGCAAGACAAAAACUGUUGCCGGGCUUGUUAUCUCUAACCAGACUCCACCAUCUACCUGCACCUGCACUAACGACUCUGCGUGACUCCGACACUCUCCUCUACGAUAAUGAGUCCUGUCUUGCCCUGUUCUCAGAGGCACAGAGCAGGCAGGACCAGUACAGCGGCCUGCUCUCUGACGCCAGGCCGGCCACCAUGCAGAGUUACAUCUACAUCCACAAAACGGAGGAGAACGGGGAGAUCCGCCACACCUUCUGCUACUGUCUGGAAACAGAUCAUUGGAAAGAGCUGGGAACAGGGCACGGAGAGGGGACAGCCACGAUGCCAGACCCACCGGGAUCCUACCUUACAAGCUUUGCUGAGAAGAUGUUUGUGACAGGCGGUUGCCGCGGUAACUGUUGUCGUGCAAUACGUCUCCAUGUGGCCGAGCCGUUCCACGACGCUACGGACGAGGUUUGGUGCUACUGUCCUGUGACUCUAACCUGCACGCCUGCACCUGCCAUGCUGAAGCCCAGAACCACGCACACGGCUGUAACCUGCCUGGACCGCUUGUACGUCAUUGGAGGACGGACCAAGGGAUCCAGAGGGGGAGCUCCCAGUCUGCUGGAGGUGGAGUAUUAUAACCCUCUAACUGAGACCUGGUGCUCUGUCAGCCCGCUGCCAACUGCCAUCUUCUACCCCGAGGCCAGUGCUUGUGACAGUGUCAUCUAUACGCUAGGAUCAGAGGUGGAGAUCACAGACUCCUUUAACCCCUCACUGGACUGCUUCUUCCGCUACGACGCCCAGCAGGACCAGUGGAGCCGCCUGGUGGCAGAGUUUGGCCAAUUCUUCCAUGCUACACUGGUCAAGGCGGUGUCAAUUAAUAACACACUGCACCUCUGUGACCUGUCCACAUAUAAGGUCUACAGUUUUUGUCCAGAGACCUGCGUGUGGAAGGGGGAAGGGUCAUUUGAGUGUGCUGGAUUCAAUGCUGGAGCAGUCGGUAUGAGAGACAGAAUCUACAUCCUAGGUGGAGACUAUUCACCUGACGAGAUCACUGAUGAAGUACAGGUGUACCACAGUGGGAGAAGCCAAUGGGAGGAAGUGGCCCCCAUGCCCAGAGCGCUCACCGAGUUCCACUGCCAGCUCAUCAGCUUCAACAGAUACAAAGACCCAUGGGGUGACACAGCAUGAUCCACAGCAGACACACGCCCGCACGCACUCAUUAACACAUGUGAGUGGAAGUACAUGUGUGUGUUAACAUGUGUCACUGAUGUAAGCAAUACCCACGAGUCUCCUUUGUGCAUGACGGACGGCUGACUGAGAGAAUGUUCAACUAACACCACGUCUCCCACAUCAUUAUAACACGAGAGCACCUGAGCCAAAUGAUUUAUUACAGUUUUUUUUAUUUGAAGAUUUGAUCCUUAUAUUUGUAUGUGUAAAGCGCUCGCUGUCAUAGGAGUGUUGUUGUGUCAAUCAAAAUGUGGUCCCUCCCAUGGAGGAGCCCUAUUGAGCAGGAGACUGUUUUAGAAAUCCUAUUUUAGUAACUGAUUUUUUUCUGCUUUGUAUGUUAUAAAAAGUAGAAUUCGCCCACAUAAGAGCUCACAGUUUAUCAGCUCUCCUACAGCUACAAUAUAGAGAAGGAGACUUUAAUAUGUAAGACUUUUAAAGCUCCAUUUACUCAGCUGUCAGGGGGAUUUGGUGUCCUGAAUCAAAUGAUUUUGUUCUGGCAACAUUACACAAAACACCUCAGAAGUCCUGUUCAACUAAAUGUGCUUUAUUUGAUAGAAAAUACACAUUAUUCUGAUUUUCUUAGCUGUUUUGCUGCGCACAUUUAAAACUCAGCUAAAAUAACUCAAUGCCAACACUGUGUAAACUAUGUGGGUGGAUUUUGGCUUUAGACUACUUGCCUUUAUUCUGUUUCAGACUGUCAUGUGUCCAUGCAUGCCCUGUUUCUCCUCUCAUAAUAUAUUCUACAUGUGAUCAGUGCACAGAUCACCUGAUUAUCUUCAGUAACUGCUUGUUUGAUGGAAAUGUGU